AUGGCCGUCACACUAUCAACCACUUCGUCUAUGAACAAGCGCUGGCCACCUCUGGCCGACAAGACCUCCCUCCCCUACAGGCUCACCACCCUCUCCAAGCAAAAACUCGCUCGCGAGGCCACCGCCCCCGAUCCGGACAUCAGACGAUGCCUCGGCCACUUUCGCCUCCACUGCACGUCCAUGGAAUGGGCUCAGCGGGAUAUGACCUCUCGCAUCAACUCUUUUGAUCUCGAUUCCGACUCGGAGGACGAGGAGGAAACACAUGAUGAUGAGGUCCCUGAGGAGCCCGCACCGGAGGUGGAGUCUCCUGUCGAGAAGGCCAGCACUGUUAUCAUCGCUGAAACCUCCGCUAAAGAGGAGACGACGCUCCAUGUGAGCUUUGAAGUCGUAUCAAGCGUCCCUGCGUCUGCUCCUACUCCCUCAACAUCAUCAACAGAACAAGAAAAAGAGAGCCUCCUAGAAAAAGGCCGCAGCUGUCUGGAAAAGACAGUCCAGAUGAAGCAUUUUUGGCCCGCCCGUGGGCCCUGUCUACCCGUUCGCAUCGCCGGGUAA